CGCCAAAAUCGCUAAGACAGUUGUAGACAGUUAUUGUCUUGAUGAUGGUUUUCUGUACCGUACACUCCAAUGGAUUACCCAGAAGCCCCAUGUCCAGUUCAUCUAACAUGCUGACAUCAGCAGAGUUUUACUGGAACACGUCCCAGUCUGCAUUUUCUAACGUCAAAAGGACCAAUGACAGCCAACCUCAGAGGUGCCAUCAGAGUUCUGACACUUCCUGAAAACUCUUUCAUGUGAAGACAACAGUUUUUUUCUCCUGUGACCUCUGUGUUUGUGGUUUGUCACGUCUCUUCCUGUCUGAGUUUCCUGGUUGAUGCUUCAGAGAAAAGUGAACCGUCACACAGACGAUCAUCCUAACAGAAGAAUCAGACUUUGGUGUCUGUCCAACUGCUGUUGGUCUGAUGUCCUGCAGCUGCAGAAUGGAGGGAACAUCUGUCCAGAUGCUGCUGGCUCUGAGCUCCCUGCUGUGCUGCACAACCAACCAAAUUGGUCUGACUGUGAGUCCCAGCAGAUCUCAGUUCUUUGAAGGAGAAUCAGUGACUCUGAAGUGUGAGGACCACAGCUCUGCAGGAUGGACUCUGAGGAGAAACUCCUCCCAAAAGAAGACCACUCAGUGUGAGGAGUGGGGAGAAUCCUCAGGCCCCUCCUGCUUCAUCAGCUACAUGUAUCCAUUGGACAGUGGUGUGUACUGGUGUGAGUCCAGAGGGGGAGGAGCCUCCAGCAUCAGCGUGAACAUCAGUGUCUCUGGUGGAUCAGUGAUCCUGCAGAGUCCUGUCCUCCCUGUGAUGGAGGGUCAUGACCUCACUCUGAGCUGUCAAUCACAGACCCCUCCCUCCAAGCCCUCAGCUGCUUUCUAUAAAGAUGGCUCCCUCAUCAGGACUGAGCCUACAGGUCACAUGACCCUCCAGCAUGUUUCCAGGUCUGAUGAAGGUCUCUACAAGUGUCACAUCAGCGCUCAUGGAGAGUCUCCAUCCAGCUGGAUCUCUGUCUCAGAGAGACCCACGACCACAGGAGCCCCGCCCACAACAGGAGCCCCGCCCCCUGCAUUAGGUCUUGAAUUGAGAGUCCUGCUCCACCUGCUGGUGAUCAGUCCGUUCUUCAUCUCCACUCUCUUUCUGGUGUCUUUAUGUCCACAAAGAGCCUCAGGAAGUGACCCGUCUGUCUCCAUGGUGAUGACCCAGCACUCACAUGCUGAGCAGGGAUUGGCUGAAGACGAUGAUGACAUCAUCACAUCUGGAACCACAGAGCAUCAGUUCUGA